UAUUCCAGUGCCAUUAAGGCACAAAAAGAAUUAGAAAAAGAAAAGGCCAUAAGCCAUAAUAAGAAAAUAACUUCUCCCUUUCGCACUAGUAGCCUUGUAAAGACUAGUAGCGACUUUCCCCGGAA